CAUCAGUGCUGGGCAUAGAUCGAUGUGGGUGAAUCUAAAGCAGACGGACAGAUUAGAUUUAUCGUUAAUAGACCAAGGGAUCUACUGCUUUGUCAGAACUCUUCACGGAGAUACUCCAACUUGAAAUAGCGAAAAGAGGAGUAACUUUUCUCUCUCCAGACCAUCGCUUCAGCCCGCCCCUAGUGCUGUCACCGCAAGCUGAUCCACAAGCGAGUCCCGCCAAAUGAACGCUGAGAGUUGCACCUGGACUUCGCUGUAUCAUCGAUCUAGAGGCUGUGUCUAACACAACUUUCUCAAUCAUGGCUUGGAAGCAUUUCGGAAGCGCGUGCGGUGGGGGUCUGGACUAAAUCUUUUCUUUGACGGCUCGGUUCUUUCUCAGUGUCAUAUUCAGCUUCUGCCCUGCUUAAACCAUCUGUUGUUCCUUGUGUGAAGCUCUGAUGCCAUUUUUCGUGCGUUUGCUUCGAGCCAACGACAUUGUUUUAGAGAUGGAAUGAUUCGGAGGGAUUGCCGCAGUGGUUAAGUGGAUACUGUCGUGUGUUUAUUAUGUUUGGAGAGAUGUAUCGCGGGAGCCUAAACCUGUGUGUUUUCUUUGGAUACAUCCUAUUCUUUAAUUCAUUUCUCGCCACCCAGAGUAGCAAUAUAGUGAACUACACUGUGUAUAGUCAUCAACCGGACAUGGACGACCACAACUCCACCAUCAGAUGGGUGGAUGGAGUGUCCUCUGCAGCACUGCCCGAACCAACCACCCAGCCGGAACUAGAUGUUGUGGAACAGUUUCUAGAGGUCGUUGAGCAAUACCAAACUGGAAAAGAAAACUGUACCCCAGGAACUCAUUAUAACCUGGGCAAAGGAGUCAUAAGACAGUACGGACUUAAACGGUUCAAAGGACAAGCCAUGGUUGCUGUAAACCGGGCAAACUUUCUCACACGAAUAUGGAUGAAGGCAGGAGAUGCCGUUACUAGGUCUGAAUAUCUGUUCUACACACAGGUGAGAUCCAUGGUUGAAGGAGAUCCUGAUAUAUUUGGUGCAGGAAAUUGUUACGAUAACUUCGAGUUUAAGAACUACCACCUUUUUUGCCCAUAUGCAUAUCGGACCGAAAUUGGGCAAGUUAACGUCAAGGACUUGUCAGUUGAGUACGACUACCUUGACAACAGUUCAGAGUGGUUCUACUCCGCUAGGAUGAGGGCGGGAAUGGUGGAGAACUUCAAUUAUACUUAUGGCACUGAACAAUGGCGUUACAACCAAACAACUCACGGGCCCUUCCUGAACGACAGCGUUAUCACCGUGACGUACGGAGACGGCCAUUGGAGUCUGCCAUACUUCGACUGUGGCGGUGGGAAUAUUUGGAUGAUGACAUAUACUGUGCCUUUUUUUGGAUACAAAAAUGGAAGUUUUCAUUUCAAAGGAACUAGCGGAAUAGAUAUCGAUCUACAGAAAGUGGAUAUUGACCAGUGUCCACUAGACGGAAAGUCAAGUGAGGACAACGUGUUUGCGGGAUCGUCGCGAUGUACUCCCGAGACGACGAGGUGCGACCACCUCCCUGGACGUGGCUUCCGCCGUGGUUCCUACUCCUGCGUCUGCAAAGACGGCUAUUACUUCCCCGACAUGACGGCUGAAGACAGGUUCUACAGAGGACAGGACGUGGAGGAACAGUUUGCAAGAAAGCGAAAAAACAAGCCCAACACUUAUGACACGUUCCAGUGUUUACAAUGCGCGCCCGGCUGUGAUACAUGCAUUGAUUCAAGUCCGUGCGUUUUGACCUUGAACUGGAUUCAGAGGUCAAUAGAGCUGGGCGUGUCGGGACUCAUCAUGUGUUUUAUUGCCUUUCUCGUCUGGUUUACCUAUCAGUACAAGGAAGUAAAGGUAUUAAAGGCAGCUAGCCCCGUGCUCUUGAGAAUUAUUCUGCUCGGUGCAUUUUUUUUUUGUACUCUGGUCGUGGGUUAUUUUGAAGCUAGCGUUGUGACGUGCUGUUUGCGAUUCUGGUUUCGUGAAAUUGGAUUUUCGAUAUCAUACGGAGCAUUAUUAUUAAAAACGUGGAGGAUAUCAGUUGUAUUCCGAGUGAGGUCAGCGGCGCGCAUCAAGAUCUCCGACGGUGAUCUCAUCAAGCGCCUCAUUGUCAUUGUGCUGGUGUUCGCUGCUUACCUAACAGCCAGGACUGUGGCGGGCAUGCCUAGAGUGGUGCAAGGUAAAGAUGUAAGCGGCCUCAAGGCGUACCAGUGUUCUUCCGACUGGUGGGAUCACUCCGCUGUAAUUGCGGAGCUGUUGUUUUUACUGUGGGGCGUGAGGCUGUGUAUAGUCGUACGGAAAGCACCGUCAGAGUUCAACGAGAGUCGUUUUAUAAGCUGGGCAAUAUACAACGAAUUUCUACUUUCUUUAUUUCUCAAUGUGUCAAUGAUAUUUUUGAAAGAUCCCUUCCCAACCAACCCUGACCUGUUGUAUUUAGUGGUGUUUAUUCAUACCCAGCUGACGACCACGGUCACCUUGGCAUUCCUCUUUGGUAGCAAGUGCUACCUUGUGCUUAAGUCCAGUUCUGGCGCAAAAGAACAGCAAAACCAACAACAAUCAACAAUGCUGAGUAGGGGCUCCAAAUACACCCUCGGGACCAAGCCAGCAACUGCUAUGACAAACACAGCUUCUUCAAACGGAUAUGGAGACCGUGUUGACGAGGCAGAGUGCGAGAGUUUUCUUGAGAAGGAUAUACAGGAGGAGUUCAAAAGGCUGUACAUGCAGCUGGAGACCCUGAAACAGCGAAACAUGAAGAUAGGCAACCGCCACCUCCAAUACAAGCUGUCCGCCAUGACAGAGGCCGCUCAGAAGGAUGACCUCCCAGACUCCACACCCUCUACGCCCAAUCUUAACGGCAAGAGGAUUAUAAUCAAUCUGGACGACUACCAUGAAUCUACCAACGUAUAGCGAAAGUUGUGUAUCUCAUGUAUUCGAUGCAAUAGUGUUUGUGUAUGUACAGACAAUAUCUGCAAUGUCUUCGAGUAUGCCAGGAGAAGCGGAAGUGUUUUUAUUUAGAAUUAUGAAGACCGAAGCGUUUUGUGCACACGUUGAAACGCUUCAUUCAGUAUGAAUGGAUGAGUGAAUGACGUUUGCCGUGACCUUCGCCACGACGUACAGGCGACUCCAGUAUUGUUCAAUUUCGAGGAAUUAUUACCUUGUCAUUUUGCCACGGUUUUCUUUUGUGUGUGAAUGCUUGGUACCGAACACGAAAUGCGUUGUCCCAACGAAAAACGCCAGUGAGUGGUUGCUUGCGAUGUCACAUUAAACGCGUUGCCCCAGCGAAAACAACGCGUGUGUGACUGCUUGCGAUCUCCCACUAAGUGCGUCGUCCCAACGAAAACGCCAGUGUGGAUGGGUGUGACCUCCCACGAAACGCGUCAUACCAACGAUUGACGCCCGUGGGUUGUCACAUAUUUACGAGUUCUCUGCAUCUUUGCUUCCACGGUACUGAUGGGUACCAGCCAGUGCCACCUAUUGCUCAACAUGAUGUAGACAUGAAGAUACCAACUUCACGCACCUCCAGCUCCGACCCCUCAGCUGAAUGCGUGGAAAUCUAGCUUGAGCACGAUACAUCCGAGUGUAUUAGCACCGUACAGGUAGAUGGUUGGUUUGUUCUGUUACCUGCGAUAUAUAACAACGUAUUGGACUGAAGACACUGCUCCAAGAUUACACCUGUGUCGUUAGGGGUGUGACAAUUAAAGCACAAUUUAUACCUUCUCAGGCAGAUACACUGCUUGAAUUAUCCACAGUGGCCAUACAGCCAACGAAGUCCGGAUUCUUUGUGAAUGACCUUGAGAAUAGUAGUUCGCCUUUUCCAGAUACAAUCUCAACCUUGACCUUCUCAAAACAUGUAAAAUGCAACUAGACCUAAGUAACCGAACCUCAUGAUUCAAGACACUGAUCUCAAUUCUAUGUAACGUUCAGCUAUUCAGGACCUGCCUCUAUUUGAUAUUGAAAAGAAGGGCAUUUGAUUCGCCCUCAUCAAGUUAACAGUCGUGUAAUGGAAAAUGAUCCAAGGUCUGGGCUGAGGUCAUUGUUGUGUUCCUAUCAUAGUUUCAUUGCAUGAACUCUAACGUCAUCAAUACUUCUCGAAGGUAUGUAUGUAUACCACGUUCUUCAAUCACGUUCUGCAAACACACAGUCGAUUUGUCACGUUUCUAUUCUAGUCAACCAAUUAAUGGAGUCCUGACAUUGAAGCAUUGUGUAGAGAUGAUCACAAGGCCGAUGUAAUUUGAGCACUCAUUGGUCUAAAUAUUUCUGAAAGAGACCUGGACCCAGAUUUUCGAAGCUCUCCUAGUGUUAAGAUGGCCGUAAGUGCCAUACAUUAACAUUAACUUACGACUAUCUUAGCUCUAACAGAGCUUCGAAAUCUAGGCCCUGCGGUUCAAUCGUCACAUGACACCAUAGAGGCUGUUUGAAUUCACGGGUGAUUGAGGAACGUGGUGUAUGAACAUGUUUGGGGGUUAUUGAUGACGUAACUCUAACGAAAUCUCAUCUGUGUCCUUUACGUCAGUUGUUGAACUGGUGCUGAAUAUAUCUAUCACUUUCAAGUCAUAUGUAUAACCUACUGAUUUUUCAGGAAGUUUGUGUUGGCAUGCUCCUUCACAGCAAAUACUCAACCCUGAAUAUGCGUCAGUAGAUUCGUGUGUGUUACGAAUGAACGAGAGACAAUACCAUUUCUGUUAAUACUAUGUAUUAUUAAGGAGCUGCAUGUGUAAAUAUAGCCUUGACCUUAGCAAUGACAGUACAAGUGUGUAAUCUUGUUUUUAGUCAAUAAAUGCACUUAAAUAUGCAUUAAUGCAUUAAUUUUGAUACCCAUGUCAAUUGAGCACCGCUAGUCCAGUAUUGAUUUAACCAUGUCCCACCGUGUGUAUUAUACUGUUUUGCUUUGUUAUACAAACGUCUGUUAAGAAACACCAACGAGUAAGACUUCAAAUAAUAAAAGUUGGUAUAUUAGCCUCAAGUAGUCCGCUCUUCCGAAUGGCAGUGUUACUUUUGUGAACUACACUACUCGUAUUUGGUUAGGGAUACAAAGAAGCUCCACGUGCAACGUUAAGACAGCGAUGGUGCAGUGUCCUGAGUGACGUCGUGAAUGACCUUCACACCAUGGGCUCAUCCGAUAACUCGAGAUGACACCACGUGUGUGAUACGCUAACACUGGGUUCCGUCUUCCCCAACGACCCCUUUCCAAAACGAUAACACCUGUCAUUAAUCCUCAUUCCUCAGUGUGUGAAGGCGAAGGUCAUCUACCACGUCGGUUAACGUUAUGCGGACUUCAUUAUUAAUUGACGUAUCCUUAAUGAAAGACGAGGAAACUACACCCUGGUGACAAAAUCAAAACACUUUAACAGCUGAAGCCUUAAUAUAUGCUUUAACUGUUACACAAUAACUGUCAAAAAAGGUGCUAUUUUGAUGGAACUCACGAAAGCCCUGCAAGCUUUAUGCUUCAAUUCUGAAAUCGUACAGCACGUUAGUGCCACAGCCAAAUGGUAGUCUAUCCGCCGUCUAUCCAUGUCUGGAUUAAACAUGUAACGAUCUGCGAGGCACGACAAGAAGCCGCGAUGAAAGUAUCCGUGAACUAACGAUGGUUCGCCGUUAUUAUCUGUUAUUAAAUAACAUUGUUGGUUGAGAAGAAUUUAUUUACGUUUUGUCAUAUGAAAGUAUCCAUUGUUUGUUGCCAGUGUUGUUUGCCUUCAUCCUCCCAAUGUACUAUACUCAUCAUCAUGUUGACACAUCAUUGUAUGCAAUUCUCACCACUGUAUAUAAAGACGCAUUCUCAAAUAAAGGAUUUUGUUUUUCA